AUGGCGCAUCUCAGUGGACACACCUCUAUUCCGGUGGAUGACGUCUCGUCUCGGAAGGACGUGGCCUACGCCGAGUCUGACAGUACCACCGAGCUCAAUGCUGAUAGCGACACUAGCAUUUCAGAAUCAGGAGGCCGGUCUGUCACUACCUUGAGACGGAAGAUGGCGCAAUCAAAGCCAAUUAGAGAACAAGUCGGGGGCUUGUUCGAGGAGAACGUCACUGCCAAGAUCUUCAGGACAGCUGCAGAUGCACUUGUCAACAAUGAUCCCCCGUUGGCGUACCCAGAGUACGUCCUCCAGACUGGCCCAGAAGCCGGCAAGUACAUCUUGCGAGAGGCCGACUUCUGGACGUGUGGUUUCUUCCCGGGCAAUAUUUACUCCCUCAUUGAGAGACUGGUCAAGUUCCCUCACACUAUGCCCGGAGGGCAAGACAAGGCAGCUUUGCUGUCUAAGCUAUGGUCGCUUGGUGCCUCAUGGUCAGAACCCCUCCACACCACAGCUAAGCGCACGGAUACACACGACAUGUCAUUCAUGAUCCAGCCGUCAAUGAGAGUCAGGUGGGAGGUUGCCCAAGACAAGCAGGCUUUGGAUUCCAUCGUCACCGCGGCGAAGGCUCUCUACACGCGGUACAACUCGACCGUCGGAGCAAUUCGAUCCUGGGAUGUGCUGACACAGCACGGAGUUACCAUCACCAGUCAGACGGACGACUUCCUUGUGAUUAUCGACUCGAUGUGUAACCUGGACUUGCUUUACUACGCUGCAUCUCACACCGGAGAGCAGGAACUAUGGGACGCCGCCACAAAACACGCCAAGACGUUGAUCAAGUCAAACCUCCGCGUUGAAAAGGACUCGAGAGGACUCAUCAAGGAUAAUAUGUACAGCAACAUCCACGUCGUCAAUUUCAACCCCAAGGACGGCGAGAUCAAGGAGCGGCGGACGGGUCAAGGAUACGCCGCCGAGUCAACGUGGGCGAGAGGCCAGGCCUGGGGUAUUCUCGGCUACGCGCAAACGUUUCUAUGGACCGGCGAUGUGGAAUUUUUGGAGGUUUCCCGUGGGCUGGCAGAAUACUUUAUCAUGCGGCUGGAGACGUCACCAAAGUCGGUCGAAUUCCCCGUGGAAGGCGAGAACAGAACCAAGGGCCGAUACGUUCCGCUCUGGGACUUUGACGCACCGAUCGAGAACGAGGAGUUCCCUCUGAGGGACUCAUCUGCCGGUAUCAUCGCCGCCAACGGCAUGCUGGUUCUGUCUCAGGCUCUGGCUGGACAGGGUCACGCUAAGGAGAGCGCGAGGUACCGGGACAUGGCUAUUACGAUUGUGAAGGAUACUCUCGACUUCUCGCUGGCGACGGAGAAGGCUAAGUUUGUGUUUAGCAAUGGAGAGAUCUCAACUGCGGACGUUGAGGAGGGUAAGACCUUUGACGCCAUCUUGAAGAAUGCCACAGCGAACCACAACACGCGGGAUCACAAGAGAUACUGGGACCACGGUUUGGUUUACGGUGACUACUACUUGAUCGAAUUCGGCAACAGACUACUGAAGAUGGGAUUGGUGUAA